UGAUGGCAGAGGAAGUCUUGUCUUUCUCUCUGUGUGAGCUAUGUGCUCACUAUGUUCGGUUAUCUAAAAAAUAAAUAAUUAAUUGAAAACAAGGAGGUGUUUACAGGGCACUGGUGAGGCUGAGAGAGGCGCUUGUUGCAGAGAAGCCAACGCAACCUCAUGGAUGGAAUUCUGUUGACCUGUUCUUAGUCAGCAAGGCCUUGUCAGACACAGAAACAAGCCUUGAUUAUUUGACUAUAGCUUUUCUUCUCUUCUUCAGGACAAGCAGCAUGCUGGCUCAUUCGCCUUAAACAGCUUCAAGAGGACUUAAAAGGCUGCUGUGACGGUCGGAGCUUUGAACCCACGGUUGAGAGAGACAUGGGGAACACGGCUACCAAGUUCCGUAAGGCUCUGAUCAGUGGGGACGAGGCGCUGGCGUGCCAACUUUAUGAGAGCAACCCACAGUUCAAGGAAGCCCUGGAUCCCAACUCGACUUAUGGAGAGUCCUACCAGCACAACACUCCACUGCACUACGCCGCCCGGCACGCCAUGAUACGCCUACUCAGGUCAUUUCUCCAAGGCAAAGAUGGCAAUCCUAACAAGCGCAACGUGCACAAUGAGACAUCUGUGCACCUUCUCUGCAUGGGCCCCCAGAUCCUGACCUCAGAGGGGGCGCUGCAGCCGCGUCUCUCACGGCCAUAUGAAGACGUACAGCGUCGAACAGAAUGCUUACAGAUCAUCCUAUCUUGGACCGGAGCAAAGUUGGACCAUGGAGAGUAUGAGUGCGCUGACAUCAAUGCCACAGACAACAAGAAAAACACCUGCCUGCACUAUGCGGCCGCCGCGGGCAUGAGGACGUGCGUUGAGAUACUGGUGCAGAGAGAAGCGGACCUGUUUGCAGAGAACGAAAACCGCGAGACUCCAUGUGACUGUGCAGAAAAGCAGCACCACAAGGAGUUGGCCCUACGCCUGGAGUCGCAGAUGGUCUUCUCUCUGGCCCCUGAGGCGGAGGGUAUAGAAGCAGAGUAUGCAGCCCUCGACCGACGAGAGUUGUACGAGGGCCUGCGGCCUCAGGACCUCCGGAGGCUGAAGGACAUGCUCAUCGUGGAGACAGCUGACAUGCUUCAAGCCCCGCUUUUCACCGCCGAAGCGCUUCUCCGCGCACACGAUUGGGACAGGGUGAAGCUUUUAGAGGCCUGGAUGAUGAAUGCAGAGGAGUGCUGCCAACGUUCAGGGGUACGGAUGCCCAACCCCCCUCCUAGUGGCUACAAUGCAUGGGACACCUUGCCUUCGCCUCGCACGACUCGCUCCUCCACAACCUCCCCGGACCAGAUCAGCCUCAUGCCGACAGAUGAAGAGUCUUCUCUGUGUGGCAUCUGCAUGUCUUCCAUCUCUGUCUUUGAGGAACCCGUUGACAUGUCUUGUGGCCAUGAGUUCUGCAGAGCUUGCUGGGAAGGGUUUCUAAAUCUAAAGAUCCAGGAGGGGGAAGCUCACAACAUUUUCUGCCCGGCCUUCGACUGUUACCAGCUCGUGCCGGUGGAAGUCAUAGAAAGUGUGGUGUCCAGAGAGAUGGACAGGCGUUACAUGCAGUUUGACAUAAAGGCAUUUGUGGAAAACAACCCAGCAAUCCGAUGGUGUCCUGAGGCUGGAUGUGAAAGAGCAGUCAGACUGAGCACCCAUGGCCCCGGGUCCUCCACUUCAGACCCUUUAAGCUUCCCACUGCUUCGGGCACCAGCUGUAGAUUGUGGCAAAGGCCACCUAUUCUGCUGGGAGUGUCGAGGUGAGGCCCAUGAGCCCUGCGACUGUGAGACCUGGAAGAUGUGGCUCCAGAAGGUCACAGAGAUGAAACCUGAGGAAUUGGCUGGUGUGAGCGAAGCCUACGAGGAUGCAGCCAACUGUUUGUGGAUGCUCACCAACUCUAAACCCUGCGCCAACUGCAAGUCUCCAAUACAGAAAAAUGAGGGCUGCAAUCACAUGCAGUGUGCAAAGUGUAAGUAUGACUUCUGCUGGAUCUGUCUGGAGGAGUGGAAAAAGCACAGCUCGUCAACAGGAGGCUAUUAUCGCUGCACCCGUUAUGAAGUCAUUCAACAGGUGGAAGAACAGUCGAAGGAGAUGACAGAAGAGGCAGAGAAGACGCACAAGAGUUUUCAGGAAGUUGACCGUUUUAUGCACUACUACACCCGCUUCAAGAACCACGAGCACAGCUAUCAGCUUGAGCAGCGCCUAUUAAAAACAGCCAAAGAGAAGAUGGAGCAACUCAGUCGAGCCCUGAGUGGAAGGGAAGGAUGCCCACCUGACACGACAUUCAUAGAAGAUGCCGUCUUAGAACUGCUUAAGACUCGCCGCAUCCUCAAGUGCUCUUAUCCUUAUGGGUUCUUUCUGGAGCCCAAAAGCACAAAGAAGGAGAUCUACGAACUUAUGCAGACUGACUUGGAGAUGGUCACUGAGGACUUGGCCCAAAAGGUUAACAGGCCCUACCUGCGAACACCUCGUCACAAAAUCAUCCGGGCAGCGUGCCUCGUCCAGCAGAAGAGACAGGAGUUCCUGGCCUCUGUAGCAAGAGGAGUGGCCCCGAAUGACUCCCCCGAUGCCCCCCGACGCAGUUUUGCUGGUGGAACGUGGGACUGGGAAUAUUUAGGCUUUGCAUCUCCUGAGGAGUACGCGGAGUUUCAGUACAGACGGAGACAUCGGCAGCGGAGGAGGGGUGACAUGUCUAGUGUCCGCAGCAACACUCCUGACCCAGAAGACCUCAGCGACAGCACUUUAGACCCGCAGGAUAUUGGCAGUGGACACAGACGAGGUCCGCUGAUGGGUCUUGGCUCCUUGGACGAUGACGACCCCAACAUUUUACUGGCCAUUCAGCUGUCUCUCCAGGAUUCGGCGAUGGCAGGGAUUGAGUCCAACCACGACAUCCUUGCCAAUGAAGCCUCACUUGGCGCGAUCGGCACCUCCCUGCCCUCUAGGCUGGAGCAGAGCACUCCAGGUGUUGAAUUUCUCCCAAGAGCUUCUCUCAGCAGCUCAGAACUGCUGGAACUGGGAGAUAACUUGGCAAGACUAAGCAAUAUCAGUAGCCAGUACUCUGCAGCCACCGGCGUUCCCAUCUCUGCUCAACACUGUGACAGGCAUCACCGGGCGCACAGUUCCUCCACAGGCCUGUUCUCUUCCUCCACUGACACAGACUCAACCACGUGCGGCAGCCAUGAUCCAUCCUCCUCCUCUGCUUUAGCGUCGAAUGCUAACCUUCUUGGAAAUAUUAUGGCUUGGUUCCAUGACAUGAAUCCUCAAGGUAUCACCCUGGUCCCCUCCACCUCCUCCGACACCGACUCUAACAAAGAUCCACUCCUCACAGGCACGGUAGAAUGCCUGCAAGAUGAUGAGAAAGGCGGGGACACUGUCCUCCCUGACUGCAGGAAAGCUCAGGAGCUGAUGGCUGAGGUGGCUUUCUCCUCUCAGAGUGUCAGGGAGGAGAAGGAGAGCGCUGUCGCCGAGAGGCCGACGCGGUUAGAUCUAGUAGGGCAAGACCCCGUUUCACUACCUUACAUGGCAGCCGGUGAUCCGAGUGGAGAGUAUGCUGAGCAUGCCAGCUCAAAGAAGUGCCAUGUCGACACUCCACAGUGUGACUCUAUGUCUGACCAGCUGCCCAGCACCAGCUCCUCUGAGUGGGAGGACCAAGUGCACCUGGUAUGA